AUGUCAAGUCAAGAUCAUCUCUAUUCGCGCUCAAUCGCUGCUAUUGGUAUGACGACUCAAAAAAAGCUUUUCACCAUCCGAGUCUUGAUUUCUGGUCUCCGAGGAGUCGGUCUAGAAAUCGCUAAAAACUUGAUCUUAGCUGGUCUCAAUACAGUAACUUUGCAUGAUGAUUCUAUAAUUUCGCUUUAUGACUUAGGGACCAACUUUUACAUAAGCGAGUCUCAUAUAAACCAAAACCGAGCUGAAUCAGUUGUCUCCAAACUCCAAGAACUCAACCCAAACGUCUCAGUAAACAUCCAUAAAGGAGAAAUUACCCAAGAAGUUAUUUCUCAACACUCAUUGGUGCUUCUUACAGAAAGUGAUGGCGCCACGCUCAGAAGGGUGAAUUCCAUUUGCAGAGAGCUAAGUCCUCAAGUAGGUUUUGUGUCUGUUGAAGCCUGAGGAGUAGCUGGGCACAUUUUUGUGGAUUUUGGGGACAAUUUCGAAGUUUCUGAUAGAAAUGGGACAGACCUGAAGAGUUAUUUGAUUACCAAUAUAAGCAAAAGCAAUCCUGGAGUAGUAAUGAUAGAUGAGAAGCAAAGGCAAAUGCUUCAGAAUGGAGAAUAUGUAAGGUUCAAAGAAGUGGAAGGAAUGACUCCUCUUAAUGAUGGCAGAGAACGAAUGGUGACUUAUAUAGACCAGCACAGCUUUUCAAUAGAUGAAGAUACCACAGAAUACCCAGAUUAUGUAAAAUAUGGAAUCGUUGAAGAGGUCAGAAAACCUUUCCAUUAUGAUUUUCGGCCUUAUGAAGUUUCUAUUAAAAAUCCUGAAGAAUUAAAGCCUUUCAUACAGUCUGAUUACUCAAAAGAAAACAGGCCUCCUCAUCUACAUUUAGCUAUGCUUGCUAUCAGAAAAUUCCAAGAAGUUCAUGGAUUUCUCCCUGAAGUCCACAAUGAAGACCACGCAAAUCUCUGUGUGAUUUAUGCAAGGGAAAUCAGAGAGGUUUCUUCACAAGAGUUUGGCAUAGAUGCAAUUGAUGAAUCCAUCAUCAAAAACGUCGCGAAGUAUGCAAGACUGCAAAUUCCUCCAGUUACUUCAAUAUUUGGAGGAAUUGCGGCUCAAGAAGUCAUAAAAUUCACUGGAAAAUUUACUCCAAUCCAGCAGUGGUUUCAUAUAGACUGGUUUGAGCUAAUCCAGCCAACUGCAAGCAUUGUUGACUCAAGGUAUCAUGAUCUCCAAGCCAUUAUUGGAGAAGAAGGAGUCAAUAAGCUUAAAUCAGUCAAUUUAUUUAUGGUCGGGUCUGGGGCUUUGGGAUGUGAAUUGCUAAAGCUUUUUGCAUUGUCUGGAAUUUGCUGUGGGUCUGGAGAACUUACUGUCACUGACGACGAUAACAUAGAAGUCUCCAAUCUGACGAGACAGUUUUUAUUCAACAUGACUAAUGUGGGACAAUCCAAAAGUGAAUGCGCCACAAGGAUAGCGAAAAUUAUGAACCCAGAAAUUAACGUCACUGCUUUGAAAAACAGAGUUUGCCCAGAAACAGAAAACUUGUUUAACGAUAGGUUUUGGGGGAAAUUAAAUGCAGUUUUUGGGGCUGUGGAUAAUGUACAUGCACGAGUUUAUGUAGAUUCUAAAUGUGUUUGGUAUAAAAAGCCACUCUUUGAAAGCGGAACAGAAGGGACAAAAGCGAAUUCUCAAGUAAUCAUUCCGUUUUUAACUCAAACAUAUUCAGAUAUUCCACAAAUGUCUGAAGAGAAAAUCCCUGAGUGUACUUUAAAGUCUUUUCCAUAUGCAAUUUCUCACUGUAUUGAGUGGUCUCGAGAAAAAUUGUCAGAUUACUUUACUUCUGGCCCUGGAGAGCUAAAUAAGUACUUGGAAAACCCUGAGGCUUAUAUGCAAAAACUACGAAGCAUGAGGAACGCUGCAAUGCAAGUUACCCAGCUAAAGCAGCUAAAAGAAUAUUUAGAGCUUUCUAAAAUAAGCAGCUUUGACGAUUGUAUUGCUGUCGCAAGACAAAAACUUAAUGAGCUAUUUAAUGAAGAAAUUAGAUCAUUAUUACAUCAAUUUCCCCCUGAUGCAAAAUGGUCAGAAGGUGGCGAUUUUUGGUCAGGAACCAGGAGAUUACCUGAGCCUUGCAUUUUUGACACAGAAAAAGAAGAUCAUAUAGGAUUUAUAGAAGCUUAUGCAAAUUUGGUAGCCUUUAACCUUAACAUUCCACAGAAUAGAGACAGGAAUUACAUAAAAGAAGUGGUGUCUAAGGUCCAAGUUAGGGAGUUUGUCCCAAGAAAAGUCUAUAUACAAUUAGAAAAUAGCGAGGAUCAGCAGCCGCAACCAACAGGAGAAACUGACAUAAAAUUAAGAGAAGAAUUGCUGAGCUGGACUGAAGGAUUUUCAUUAGAAAAUGCCAAGCCUAUGACACCAAUUGCAUUUGAAAAAGAUGAUGAUACUAAUUUCCACAUUGAUUUUAUCCACACUGCUUCAAAUUUGAGGGCAAAUAAUUACAAAAUUUCAACUAUAGAAAGGCACAAAACCAAGGUUAUUGCUGGAAAAAUCAUCCCAGCUCUUGCAACUACAACUGCAGUUAUUGCGGGAAUCGGGGUAGCUGAAUUUAUUAAAUAUACUCUUGAGUUAGAAUUAGAAAAAAUGAGGGAUAGCUUUAUGAACUUGGCGAGUCCGUUUAUCCUUUUCCCAGAACCUCGGCCUGCAAUAGUGAUUAAAUCUGUUGAAUAUGAUGAAAUUUUAGCUGCUCCCAAGAGGGCAUAUAAUGACGGCUUUACCAAAUGGGACGAUAUUGUCAUUGAUGGGCCUUGCACAAUGGGAGAGCUAGUUGACACUUUGAAAGAAAAAUACAAGGUUUCCCCAUUGCAGAUUGCCUGUGGAAAGUUCUGCUUGUUUAAUCAAUAUUCAAGAGAUAAGUAGGAUUGACUGCUUUGGUACCACCCUUCCGCUUGUCAAAUUUUGAUGAGGAUUUUAGGCUUUGUUUCUUUAGUCAUGUGUGUGAAAAGAAUUUACAUGCAGAAGGAAUUUAUCAAAAUAAUCUGUACAUAAUAAUAAAGAUGAGCUACUUAAAAGAGAAGUUUAUGAGCUAUACAAAGAAAUUAGUGGAGACAAAACAGAGGGUAAAACGUCGGUUGGUCUCAUAUUAUUUGCAGUCUCAGUUGAAGAUAAAGCUCAAAUGAUGCUUCCACCUUUGAAGUAUAUUUUCAGUCAUUAA